AGCUCCGAUGGGCCUCCCAUCUGGUGUGCUUCUGUUGGCGUGACCUGUCGGCUUCCGUCUGCCCCGUGGCGGUGUCGAGCGACGCGUCGGAGCGGGGGCACGGGGGCACCGUCUUGGAGGGGGACAAGGGCGACAUCGCAGAGGCUACGAAGUACUCGGACAGGCGGCGCUUUCGCGACGGCUCCGGAGGGGCCCGCGCACAGGCUGCUGAGCUGAUCGAGGAGGCCCUGGCUGGCCACCGCGUCCCUGGAGAGCGCGACGAAGGGGCUGAGCCGGGCGCCGUCGCGGGCGGCGAGGCGGACUGGGCCCCCGACGGAGGUGAUCGAGUCCCACUGGUCCCCGAGAGGCUCCUCAAGGGAAAGUGGUCCGUGGUGUGCUCUCGCCCUUGGAUGCGCCCCGAGGGCAUGCCCGUCCUCGAGACCCGGGCGACGCUCUGGGGGCUGCGACACCAGCUUCGUAACUCACGCUGGUGGGGUCGAAGGCUUCUCUUCUUGUCCGUCUCGAUGCCCGCCACCCUGGCUCUGUCGAAGGGCCGGAGUUCGGCCCCAGGCAUGCUGAGAGCGGCGCGGGCAUGGGCGUCGUCGCUGCUGGUGUCGGGCUGCUUCGCAACCGUCCGCUGGAUUCCCAGCGAGCUCAACUCGGCGGAUGCUCCCUCGAGGCGCGGGCUCGUCCUCGGCUCCGACGGGUGGCGAUCGCGAGGGGCCGAUCCUGGCCCGCGCGGCGCGGCCGCUGCCGAUCCAGGUGCCUCUCCCGAGCGCCCUCUCGGCCGGCGGGGCUCUGCCGCGGCGCGUGGCGACGCCGCCGCGGACGCGAGGGCCGGCGCGGGGCGGGCCCGCCGCAGCACGGCCAAGGCCGCGGCCGCGCGGGCGCCCGCCCGCAGGCGCUGGGCAGCGAGCGGGGCGCCAGCGGCCUUCAACCGCAUGAGCUUCUUGCAGCUGGAGAGCGUCAGGCCGCGGACGCGGGUGCUGUACCAGACGAGCUGGGACCUCUUCGCGGACUGGGCCCGGGGGCGGAAGCUGCCGAUCGAGACGGAGGACGACCUCGAGACGGCCGUGCUGGACUACUUCGAUUGCAAGUACUUCGAGGGCGCCCAUUCGAGUUUGGGGGGCCGCCUGGUCUGCGCCGCGUGCUACCUGCGCCCGGAGCUCAGCCGCCAGCGCGGCGCGAGGCUGGCCCGCGUCCGGCAGGCCUUGCGGGGCUGGAGCCCGCGGUCGCCGAGCCAGUCGCGCCUGCCGACCCCGCGGGAGGCGGUGCGCCUGAUCGCGGACCUCCUGGUGCGGAAGGACCGGUGGGACAGGGCCGCGGCGAUCGUGAUGUGCGUGAUCUUCUACUUGCGGCCCAGCGAGCUCCUGGACCUGAGGACCUGCCAGCUGGUGCCGCCGCUGGCCGCCGGCCAGUCGUUCCAGCGGCGCUGGGCCCUGGUGUUGCACCCGAUGGAGCUCGGGCGGCCGUCCAAGACAAAUCGCUGGGACGACUCUCGGAUCCUCGAUCUCGACGAACACCAGUUCUUCGCCCCAGCGCUGGCUCGGCUGCGCGGCCCCGGCGAGGGGUCCGAGCGAAGGCUGUUCAGCUUCGACUGCCCGACGCGGGCGCGGGAGCACCGUCAGGCCGGACUGGAGCUGGGCUUGGAGGUGCUGGGCCCGCCGACCCUCUACGGCCUUCGACGCGCAGGGGCGAGCCUGGACUACGCGCUGGGUCGCCGCGCGAUGCUCGAGAUCCAGCGCCGCGGGAACUGGGCGGCCGCCAACUCGAUGAGGAGAUGCCAGAAGGCCGGGCGGCUGGCCGAGCAGCUUCACCUGCUCGCCCCAGGCGCGCGUCAAGCCGCGCUCCGAUGCGCCGCGCGGAUUGGCAGCAUCCUGGAGUUGGACAGCAUUGUGGCCCUCCACGUAAAGCACACCGACUCCUUCGACGGGUACACGACCAAGCUGGAUGGGCCUCUCAAGACCGACAUCAUCUUGAAGAACAGGGAUCUUCUGCAAGCUCUUCGGGUCGGCGCGCCCGUAGGCGGCGUCGACCGAUUGCCGCUCCAGCAGGCGCUGGAGAGCCUGGCCGAGAGCAAUGGGAAGUCGCGGCACCUCGCGGAUCACCGCGGGGAGUGGGCGAAGGAGUCCAGCAAACGGAUCCGCGCCAUGCUUCGGCACGUCUCCAGCGCGCGUUGCAG